CCUUUCUCUCUCUCUUCCACAACGCAGAUACGCACACUCUCUCUAUUUCUCUCUGCGUGUGUGUGUGUGUGUGUGUGUGUGUGAGGGAUUUGGGGGUUGAGAUUCGAAUGGGGGAUCCGGCGAUGAUCGCCGGGAUCCGGUGAUGGGCGGCCGCCGCCGAUGGAAUUCGCCGCCGCCGCCGCCGCCGCCGCAGCAGCAGCCGCGAGGCAGAUGCGCGGCGCGAGGGCGGAAGUAGUGGCGGCGGGUGUGGAUGCCUCGUCGUCGGCGCUCGAUGAAGAAGGUUGGGGUUGGAGGGUUAGGGAUUCUGGAUGUUGUUGUGCUACUCUACUCUCUUCUCGAAUUUGGGAGAUACUGUGGCAGAUGAACAUGAGAGGGAGCGAAUCGAUGGAAUACGGAACUUAUCCCGAGCGUCCGGGCGAGCCAGACUGUGCUUAUUACCUCAGGACUGGCCUCUGCAGGUUCGGCAUGACUUGCCGAUAUAACCAUCCUCCAGACAGAAGGCUGGCCAUUGCUGCUGCAAGUAUGAAGGGAGGAUACCCCGAAAGAGUAGGACAACCCGAAUGUCAGUAUUAUUUGAAGACUGGGACAUGCAAAUUUGGAGCUACAUGUAAAUUUGACCACCCUAGAGAUAAGGCUGGAAUUGCCAGCAGAGUUCAAUUAAGCAUAUUAGGAUUCCCACUUCGUCCGAACGAGAAGGAGUGCGCAUAUUAUUUAAGAACUGGACAGUGUAAGUUUGGGAACACUUGUAAAUUCCAUCAUCCGCAACCGUCUAAUGCAGUGGUUUCGUUACGUGGUUCUCCUAUUUAUCCUUCUGUACAUUCGCCUACGAGUCCGGUUCAGCAGUCUUAUCCUGGGGGUUUAACAAGCUGGCCUUUGUCGAGAGCUUCUUUUAUUGCUAGCCCUCGAUGGCAAGGCCCUUCGAGUUACGCUCAUCUUAUUCUACCUCAGGGGUUGGUUCAAGUACCCAACUGGAACACCUAUCCAGGACAAUUGGGAUCUGUUUCAUCUUCGGAGAAUCGGCAACAAUCAUCAGGAAAUGUUCAAUUAUAUGGAACUUCUAACCAGAGUGAACCCAGCGGAGGACCGAUUGGACAAUCCGACUCGAUGCCUUUGGUUCAGUUUGGGUUGCAGAGGGAGAGUGUGUUUCCUGAGAGGCCCGACCAACCGGACUGCCAAUUUUACAUGAAAACCGGCGACUGUAAGUUCGGUGCGUCUUGCAAGUUCCAUCAUCCUAGGGAGAGGUUAGUUCCUGCUCCAAAUUGCGUGCUGAGUCCGCUAGGCCUCCCGCUGCGCCCGGGAGAACAAUUAUGUGUGUUUUAUUCUCGUUACGGUAUAUGUAAAUUUGGGCCGAAUUGCAAAUUCGACCAUCCCAUGCCGGCUCCCAUGGGGAUCUACGCAUACAGCGUCUCGACACCGUCGGCCUCAGCCAACGCCCCGGCAGUCCGACGUCUGCUGGGGUCGCCGUCAGGACCUUCAGAGUCUCAGCAAAUGGCUUCCGCCGACGACAACGGCUCUGGAUAGGGAGAUUGCGCAAGCCUCUUUGCGCACCACAAACUCGAUGACACCAGUGCGUGUAAAUUAUGUCUUCUUCAAUGCUGAAGAUGUACAGUUUUCUCUUCUCUUCUUCUUCUUCUUAUUUUUGUCCUAUAAGAGGGGCUAAACUAUAAGUUGCUACACAUAAUAGAACCCUAACUUGAGGGGGGUGUGUUUACUGUAACUUCAGUGUCCCUUUAUGCUGAUAGAGCUGCAUUUGCAUGUGUUCCAUUUUUGAAUGAAAAAUAAAGAAAAAAAGAUUAAAA